ACACACACACACACACACACACACACACACACACACACACACACACUCCUCCCUCUCUCCUCCAUGCAGUGCUGAAGCUGCUGCAGCGACUCUGCAUCUCCACAAACCAAACGUCUCACUCACAGAAGACGAUCAGGAUCCCGUCUCCUCUAAAACAUUUUCCAGUGGCUUCCUUACAAUUUCCUUUCCUUCAUCUCAUCCGGAUCAUUAGAUCGGACCUUCUGAAUCUCCCGCAGAGAGACAAUGGACCUCGCCCUGCUGCUUCCUGUCCACUGAGACCAGAACCAGCCUUACCGUCACCUCCUCUUUAUUCAUUGCACCUUUGUGACCGGUCUGAUGGCCGCCAGUUCCAGCGCCGCCCCCCAGUCCAGCACAAUGGAGGAGUCCCAGCAACCCAAUAACACACAGCCUGAUGGUGGAGCUGCACAGCCUGUGGUCAGCUCUCAGCCUGCUGGUGCAGAGCAGCAAACGGUGUCCUUCACCACAGAAGACACAAAACUAGAGGACAAGUCAAUGGACCACCUGACGGUAAUCAGUGAGAGCACAGAGACCAGUAAUGGCAUUGCUCCAGUAAUGGGAGAAACAUCUCCCACAGCGUCCUCUGUGUCGCCCAAGCUCCACGCUAAGCCAGGCAGCCAUGUUAAUGGCCGGCCUCGCUUGGGCAGCCGGUCCGGCUCGGUGGCGGCGGGCUCACCCAGGCCCUCGCUCACCCGCCAGCCCAGUGCAAUCACAGAGGGCGCUGCGGAUGGAUCCAAACCAAGGGACUACCUGAUCCUUGCUAUCUUGUCCUGCUUCUGCCCGCUGGUGCCCAUCAACAUCGUAGCCCUCAUCUUCUCCGUGAUGUCUCGAAACAGUCUGCAGCAAGGCAAUGUGGAUGGCGCUCGGCGUUUGGGCCGGAACGCCAUGGUCUUGUCGGUCAUCUCCAUUAUAGGAGGAAUCGCCAUCAUCGCAGCAGCAAUCGCCCUCAACUGGGGGAUGAUAUUAAAGUCCUGAAUGAAGGAGCCAGGACACCGAGACCUACUUCAUGACUACAUCCAAACCAACACAACCCUGUUCCGUCUGAAGCACCUGGAUCAUCAACUGCACCAGAUGAAAAACACAACCCUGACUCUGUUCCUGUUUGUUUGUUUCUGCACGACGAUGAGCAUGGUCCGCCUGACGCGCCUCCUCCAACAUGAACAGCCAGUUAGUCCCAACCGGAGUGCCGCAGGAGGAUGGAUCAGCAGUUCUUCCUGUGGCAGCUUCUCCUCCUCCCACCAGUGAACUGGUGUUGUCAUGGAAACGGAGACAUUCGUCUCCAUGGAAACAGGAUCAUUCUUGUCGCCAGAGACAGCUGGAGAGCGGGAUGCUUAAUGCCAAAUAAAGAGAAACUAUGUCUCAGCUGACCUGCAGUUUCACCACCUGCAGACUUUUACUGUGAAGGAAGAGAAGGACAGAGAUCUUUGAGGGUAGCGUCUCCUCCACGCCUCUUUUCUCCACAACUCUUCUGCUUUUGUUUCAUUCUUCAUUAACAAAUGUUUACUUUGUGUGUUUAAGACAAUGCAUCAGCUGUGAUUAAGACCGUCAUGUACAGGUUGAACACAAUGUCAUCACUGACGUUGUACACCAAGGCCACGCCCACCAGGUGGUACAAAGUCCACCAGUCAUGAUGGAUGUGUACACAUGGUGCAGCACCAGGAACCAAAAACAAAACUGUAAAAAAGUCUGAAAACAAGACUCUGAUGCAAGAUAGGUUUAAAUGUAUACCAUCUCCCAGAAAGGUCAAAAGGACCAGCUUGCUCUAUCAGUUUAAGUUUUAAACAACAUUUUGCUGCUUAAGAAUCGGAUUGGUUCUUUAGCUCCAGAGCUGCACGUUUGAACAGAAAUUCACUAAUUCAGGUUGUGAGAGCUGACGCUAAAUCAUCUCAAAAAACAAUUAUUAACAGAUCUUUUUUUUUACCUUCUAACGACCAUAAAAAAUUCAGAUUCUAGAAAUAAAAACUUCAAAAUAAAAUAUCUGUUAUUAGUACUUAGCAGUGAUGCAUUCAUGGACCAAAAAAAUCUGAUGCUUGAGUUUCAGCCUGGCUGAAGACCAUCCAGUUUCAGUCAUCGGACAACUUUUAGGGCUCAUCUCUAAAAAGGUUUGAUUUCACAAAGAUUCUAAACGUAAUAAAAGACAGAUUCCUUCCCCCAGAACCCCGCCCAGAUAAGCUCCUCUGGCUCAUACUGGAGAUAACGUUUACUUUGUUUAACCAUGAACCAUGGAAAACCUUAACCCUAAUCCUAGUUUUAACUUUAAUCGAAGUAACUGAAUAAAUCCUGUUAAUUCUCGUGUGAGCAGGCCGGAGCUUCACAGGACUGGGAUCAGCCUGGUGCAGAACCAGCGUCCCGUAGAGAUCAUCGAAUCUGGUUCCUGGUCAGAUUCUGUCUCACUGAUCCCUUCUGAGUCCAACAACACUGAAUCUAUGAUGAUGUACACAUGUUUACCCGUGGCAGCCAUGUUGGAUGUGUUUCCACUUGGUGGGCGUGUCCAAGUGGUUCCUCAUAGACCUGCGAUGUUGUAAGACCUGUGCAAGUCGAGCUGUUAUUUGUGAAGUUUCACUUCUAGAUUUUUAUGAGGAGAUGUUUUCUAGAGACGAGAUGAUAAACAGGAAGUAGCUGCCGUCACAAACCAUCCACGUCAUCGAAGUUUUACGUUAUUUACAAAAUUUAUGUCUCCAUAAAACAGGAAGUCAGAAAAAACAACCUGAUGUUUAAACCGAUCCGUUCUAUUGUUCUAAGAAUGAUUUUAGUUUUAUUUAUCGUGUAAAGAAACUUCUCUGAUACUCAGCUUUGUUUUUAUUUUGCACUUCUCGUGGGACUUCUGACAAAGCACAACUUGUAAAGACAAAACUUACUUCUCUAAGCACAAAGCAUCUGGCCUGUUUCCACGACGACAGGGAUGAAUCCGUUUCAGAGAUAAUCAGAAGAAGUCAGCGUUGCGUUGAUCUCGCCACAUGGCUCAGCCCCCAUGGACACCCCAAACAAACACAAGCAGGAGUUCGACUGUUUUUGCACCAGAAGCGCAAAUGUCACCAUCAGGAAUCCUUUUAUCAUCCGGAGGUAAGGUUUAGUCUGCAGCAAUGUCAGUUCAGAUCACAAAAAUAAUUGUUGAGCAUCCAUUUUACACUCAGGUUGGCAGAAUCAGAUUCAAACUUUCAGCACAAACAAACAUUUUCAGGAAAACUUGGACAAGUUUCCAGGAUCGGUUCUGGUUUUCUGUUUUAUGGAGAUAUUUUACGUCUCUGACGUUCAGAGGAUGUGAUUGGUAGAAUUCUCUCAUCAGAUCACGUUUGCAUGUUUUUGUUUUCAGACAUCAGAAUUUAUUUAGUUUGUAGAAUGUGUUUUGUUCUUUAAAACAUGAGUUGUCUUUAACAGCAGCGUUUAAAGUCCCUGAACUCAGCACAGACUCGGCAUGAUCCCACUUUGGUCCCAGACUGUGAAACAACUGUAACUGAUUCCAGGUCAGUUUCAGUGAAUCAGCCAUAUUUAAUGUCCUGUCCUCCUCUUUCAGAAUCAGAAGGUCCGUUUUAUUCCUGCUCAUCCUCAGAGUUUAGCUCAGGUGUGAGCUACCUGGUCUGUUUGGAUCUGAGUUAUCCGGCUGCUUCCCUCUGACUCGGAGCUUUAUGUGGCCUCGGGAAUAAUUUAACCAUCAGCUACAUGGCAGCUGGUCCAAAUUUAGCACUCAAAACAAAACUGAAGCUCAGCAGAACACCAGGAAUGUUCUGGGUCUAAAUGGAUCAGAACCAAUGAAACAGAAAUUCUUGAAAACUACUUUUGUGUGUUUAUGAAAAAAUAUUUAAAUGAGCAGCGAUGGUUUCAGUCCGAAGGUGCUGUGCAGACCUGGAUCUGGAUUAAAACAGCAUCCAGAAGUCCUAACCCUGGACCAUCAGGUUCUGAUUACUCCGGACGCCUCCAGCAUCUGUUCAGAUCUGAUCUGAGUUCAGGAACCUUUCUUCCCAACUUGAGUUUAAAUGUUCUGAUUCUGCUGUGAAAAGCCCAGAUGGGCUGCUGGUGCCAAACUCUGCCAUUUGGGUUUUUAAGGAUCCAUAGUUCAGCUUUUAUUAUGACCCGGACUCACGGUGACACUGACUGGUUGGGUGAUUGAGUCCAGAACUCGGUUCCACCUCCAGCAGAACCCUGGAGCUGCGGGACCUGGUGUGUUGGAUUAUUUGUGAGAACUUUGAGGACUGAAGCGGUUCAGGAUCUAAACGGACCUCUAUAACCGGUGCAUGUUUACAGUAUUUAUUGCAGAAGCAGGCUGGAGCGGUGUACAUGCAAACGUGGCAUUUGUGGGAAGAUCUUACUCGGGUUUGGAACCUCUCAUGGGUUCUCCCUGGAAGGCAUUCUCCACAACCUUCUGCUUGUUGGAUGAUUUAAACGCGUUGCCUUCGUCUCGUUUGACCUUUCACCUCCUAGAUGUAGCAUGCCUCUUUACUAACCACAUUAUGCAAAAUCCGAGCUGCUCGCCUCGGUAGGAAUGUUCUGAUCAUUGUGGUUCUGGUUCUGUCUGGGUUUUGCUUGCGCUACCUCUGAGUUUCCUGUGAUUUUGACUGUUAAAGCUUUCACUGCUGACGUGUUCACCGCUCACCACCACAGUCGUCUUGUUUCUGACUCAACUGGCAGAACCUGUGGACUUGGGAAAACCCGGUUCCAGUUUUGUCCUAGCAAGAAAAAUGUUUACUGAGCUUCCAGCUGUUUUCAGUCUGACUGAAGAAGGUUGCUGUUAAGGUCUGAAAUCACCUGUUCUACAGAAAAGCCCAGAAGCACGGACUCCUGAAACCAGCAGAAACCACUGAACCAAGAGCCAGACAGAAACAAUUCAUAAGACGAGGAAGGCUGUAGCUGAGAUCUUAAAAGCCUCAACAGUUAUGGCAACCCCCGAGAGUCACUUUCUGAGGAGUUUUUUAAAGUCACCAUGACAACUAGAAUAUGAGAGCAACAAAAGGCCUCGCGUUCUAGGCCUGUUUUAAGACAUUUGUUGUUUUAAUUUAUUUAUUAGCGUUUAAUCUGAAUUUUGCUGCCUGAGUUUUCUGAAAGUCCAGCCAGAAUCUUAACUGAACUUAAACUUUAAGACAAAAUGUCCAAAACUGAAGAAUAAAUUAAAGAAAAACUCCCAUUAAACUUUUGGACUGUCUAUUUUUAGGACUCUGCUCCCUAGUGUUCACAUGAGGAAGUGCAUUUCCACUCGGACUAAAGGCCCAAAUCCCUUUUCUGUUGGAAACAGACUAUUUGGUUCUGACUAGACCUUAACGGGACCUCUGUGUGAAUGUCACAGAUUAAUUAUAAAAUCUCCUAAUUUUGUCUCAUUUUAUUCAUCCUUUCAUCUCGCUCAGAUUUCUCCAUUCCUGCACCCAGCCAGACCCAAACCCAGUGUCUCACCGAGUCGGGACCGCUUGUGAUGAUCAGUAUAUGAGGGCAUUCCCAAAGUGUCUUUAAACGUGUUGGGGCUUCGCUCGCACUGGGAUCCUAAAGAGGUUCCAUAAAUUCACGAGACACGUGUCUUCUCAGAGUAUGGUCAGAGUCAUUGUGGGGGUCUGGACUUUAGCUUCUGAGGGUCAGAGAUGUGAGACGACAGCGGAAGGAGUUGGAGAUCAGAUUGUGAAUGAACUGAGACAUUUUUAUGGUUCAUUAGUCACCGCUCUUUUAUGGCAUCAGCACUUUUACUGAAGUGUAGAAUCAGUGAGAUUCUGGAUUAGUUUAAUCAGUUUGUGGACCUUUAAAAACAGAAAUCUGAAUUCUGCAGACAACCUGAGCCCGAGCAGGCAGCAGAGAUUAUUUUCAUGAUGAUGAUAAUCUGUACAUUCUGUGAAGCACCAGCUGACAGCGUUGGCUGUAAACGUGUUUUAUUUAACUACAUUAUGUUUAAAAUGUUGAUUGGUACUUUUUAAACUCCGACAGAAAUCUGACAGUUUUAUCAGAACUAAUCUCGGCUCUGUAAAUUAAACAGAAAUCAGAUUAAGAAUUGAAUCAAAUCCAAGAGAACACUAUGGGCUCAGGUGAGCAGGUGUGAUGAAAUGUUGAUUAUUACCUGAAAAUAUGACUAAUUCAAUUUGAAAAUUAAAGAUUUUUUAUCAUCUGGGGCUUGUUUGUAGGAACAGACUCUAACGUGUAAAACGUUCUGAUAGUUGAGCCCGGUUCUGGUCCAGUUCUGUCUCAGACUGUGUUUUGUAUUUAAUCAGCUGCUUGUGUCAGUAUACUCUGCUUCUCCUCCAGCAGCGAGCAGCGUGAACUCUGUGCCUGUGCAUGCCUGAAAGGGAACGUUGGACUCACUGCUGCUGAUGGUUUGAUCCCAUCUGAGAGGAAUAAAUCUGUUAAAACCUCC